AUGAGCCACAAGCCAAAUGAAGGCGUCAAAGCUGCUGCCGUAAUCUUCGACAGUGACCUUGUGAAAUUAUUGAACUCGGACGACAUUCGUAUUCCUACAAAUUUUGUUGGAGUGAGACGGGUUCGACCGCACAAACUACUAGAGGAAAAGAGAAAUAGUAACACUGUUCGAAAUGAAAAUACUGUUUUCACAGUAAAAGUUGCUAAUGGCAUCGGUCGUAGGAUGACCAAACAAGAGAAGAAGAAAGAAAAGCAAAAGAUGAAGCAGAAGCAGAAAGAGGAUAGAAAGCGGCACCGACAGGAACAAAUGGAUUCGCCAACCUCCAUUCCAUCAAACUUGAAGACUCCUAGCAUCUAUUCGUCGACUACAAACAGUCGCUAUUUCCAAGUGGCUCUCAACAAUACUGCGUUAGAACAAGAACUUGCCGAGUUGCGUGGGGAGCGCAAUGGCCUUCCUCCCGUUCUUUUAUCGCCAGCAAUGGCAAUUCAUGCCGAAACGAUACUUUGGCCAUCGUCUGGCUCGGGUCACAUUGAACACAAGCUUCAAUUUACCUACGAUCACGAAAUGUCGAAGAAAUGGGCAGAGCUCUUGAAAGAGACUAUGCGUCCGGCUGAAGCAACUCGUGAAAAGGAUAAUAAAAUCAGACCCAUGCCGUACCAACUAACUCCAGAGCCAUGGACUCGCCUUCGGCAGAAUAUGGGCCAACAGAAGUUGGAGUCCAACAGAGAUGCGCAACAUUUCAGCAGCCGUUGGGACCUCAUGCCUUCAAAAUGCAAAUCAACGAGAAUGAUUUGUCGCCAACCAACCGAGACCGACCUUAUUGCUUCACUCGUAUUCGAAUACCUGUUCAUGGAAUCCAAGUACUACGUAUCUUGUGGAGCCAAGUUUGGCUGUGAUUUUCUUAUCUACGAUGGGCCGCGAGAAGAACGUCAUGCGUUUGCUGGACUACGUAUUUUGAAAGCAAAAGAAGGCCAACUGCCUAUCCAGAGUGCUUUUAGUCUCUCUGGCUUCGUACGAUGCCUCAAUACAGCGGGAAAGUUUGCCUUGCUUGCCACCGUUGUUAGAGAUGAAAAAUGCGAGAACCCAUUAUACAGAUUGGCAUUUGUUGAUAUUGCAUUAGAAAAAGUCCUAACAGCACCAACGCACAAGAAAAGGGCUAGAACACAAAAACGACGAGAUGUUGCAAAAAAUCUAGCUAAAUUGUAA